UCUACAAAAUUUCAAUUGUUUCAUGGACGUAUGCAAAGAGGAAACAACCGUUGCUGCUGUGGUGGCCUUCACUCGUUCAGUUCAACACCAAAGUCCUGCUGGUCGUGUCGUGCUUAGCCACCCAGCCCUCACCGUUCAGAAUGGGGGUGAAAGAUCGCCCUCAGUGCUACUUUGAUGUGGAAAUCAACAGGGAGCCAGUUGGACGCAUUGUCUUUAAGCUGUUCUCUGACGUUUGUCCAAAGACAAGCAAAAAUUUCCUCUGCUUAUGUACUGGUGAAAAGGACACUGGAAAAACUACAGGGAAAAAAUUGUGUUACAAAGGCUCUACAUUCCAUCGAGUAGUUAAGAACUUCAUGAUCCAAGGGGGAGAUUUCACUGAAGGCAACGGAAGAGGAGGAGAGUCCAUAUACGGAGGUUACUUUGAAGAUGAGAACUUUAUUCUCAAACAUGACAGAGCAUUCCUCUUGUCCAUGGCCAACCGCGGCAAAGACACCAACGGUUCCCAGUUUUUCAUAACUACCAAACCAGCACCACAUCUUGAUGGAGUUCAUGUGGUCUUUGGGCUGGUCAUCUCUGGUUUUGAAGUGAUAAAAAGAAUCGAGGGCCUGAAGACUGACUCUGCCAGCAGACCCUACGCUGAUGUCAGAGUGAUCGACUGUGGGCAGCUGAUUACAAAAUCUGCUAAUGAUGUACUGGAACGCAAGAAAAGGAAGGUUUUCCAUUCUGAGGAUGACUCGCCGAGUUCUUCAGAGUCACACUACUCCUCAUUUGAGUCUGGAGAAGAAUCUGAUGAAAAGUAUACGCGCAGAAAGAAGAAAACCAGCUCCAAGAGCAAACACUCAAAGAGGAGAAGGAAAGAUGUAGAGAAGACUGAGAAACAGCAUGAAAAAAUGACCGUUCAGAAAUGUCCUGCUGAGCGAGAGAUGGCAGAGGAAGAGGAUGGAGAGAAGGAGCAGAAUGUGAAGAGAGAGAAACCUGUGGUUCGACCAGAGGAGAUCCCGCCUGUGCCAGAGAACCGCUUCCUGCUUCGUCGAGAUGUGCCAGUCCAGGAAGAGACAACUGACCUGACUGAACAGGAGACAGCAACAGCCCCCAGUGACCCCAAGCCAGCGGUCACAAAAUCUGGACGGAAGCUCAAAGGCCGUGGGACCAUGAGGUACCAUACCCCUCCUCGGUCAAAGUCCCGGUCUGAGUCUGAGGAAGAAAGAGGGAGCAGUGAGACUCCUCCACACUGGAAAGAGGAGAUGCAAAGAACAAAGACUUACCAGCCUCCCAGUGUAGAGAAAUGGAGCAAAGGAGAAAAAUGGGAUGACAGAAGUGACACGCCAUGGUCACGGUCAAGGUCCCGUGAGCGUUCCUCAGGUCAGAGCUCAGACCGCUCUAUCCAACACCACCGACACAAGAAGGAAAAGAAAAAAGCCAAACGAAAAAAGAAGGCAAAGAAACGGAAACAUUCAAAGAAACAUAAAAAGAACAAAUUUAAAGAGGCUUCACUUUCAGAGGGAGAGAGGUCUAUGUCGUCUAGUAGGAGGUCAAGACUCUCCAGCCAUUCUGAGAGGAGAUCUUAUUCACACUCUCGCUCUCCAUCCACUUCACGCCACUCAUGUAGAACUUAUAGAUCAGGGUCAAACAGGAGGCGCUUCUCAUCACGUUCAUCUAGAGAUACCCAAUCUUAUUCUUGUUCAAGAGGCAGGUCCUAUUCCAGAAGUCGCUCAAGGUCUGAAAGUAGGUUUAGAUCCUCCUCAAGGUCCAGGUCUAGGAGUCAAUCUGGACGGUCUAUUACAAGAUCCAGGUCACAUUCUCGCUCUAUGUCUGGGUAUAGGACGAGAUCCAGGAGCAGAUCUAGGUCCAGGUAUAGGACUCCAUCCCCACAUUACAGAAAAAAAUCAAGAUCCCCUAAACGAGCAAAGCUGAAUGAGGGCAGUACACAGAAGAUUAACAAAACUUUACCCACCACUACUCAAACUGUAGAAUCAAAAGCACCUCCAGCAACUUCUUCUGAGGGGGCCCCUGUGCUGCCUUUGAGUGACAGCCCGCCACCAUCCCGAUGGAAACCAGGACAGAAGCCCUGGAAACCCUCUUAUGUCCGGAUUCAAGAGAUCAAGGCAAAGACAGACUCCACUUAUCUUGAAAGCAGAACACCAGGCGUGGAUCUUGAGAGGGAACCUCUGUCCACUUUUCAGAGUCAGGUGGAGGAUCCCAAUAGUGCAAGGCAACAUGGUGCUAAUAACAAGCAACCUGAUAGUCUCCUACAUAGACGAUCAUCCAGAAGUCAAUCAUCUAGUCGAUCGAGAAGCACGAGUCACUCAAGAUAUCAGUCCACAUCACCUGGCCAGUACAACCACAGGUCUUCUUCUUCUUCCUCCUCUUCCAGAAGGUCAAACUCUCAUGAUUCAUAUAGGAAAAGGUCUUCAGAGAAGAGGGGGAAACGUCAUCAUAGAUCUCAUAGAAAGAGCCGAAAGAGAGCCAAGAAUGUAGUACGUAGCCAUGCCAAAAAAGGUGCAUCUCUCUCUCACUCAGAUGACGACACUGAAGCUAUGCACAGUCCCAUCAACCAGCAGAAUAGUUCUGAGGUACAAGAAAAUGCACUAGAUCCAGUGUCAGAUCAUGGCUCUAAGACAGAUCGAGCAAAGAAUCUCAAUGUAGACAAAACCUCUCACGUUGUUCUUAAAAAGAGUAAAACUGGAUCCGGAUGGGAAAGUGAUGGGGAUAAUUUGAGCAAACUGAGCUCUGUUGAUGUGCAAAAUGCAACUCAAAUUUGUUCUAAAAUGGAAGGUGGACUUUCUGAAAUGCAAAAGAAGAUGAUUUUGGCACAAUGUUGGGAGUCUGAAAGUGACUCUGAAAUGCCAGAAUCAAAGACUAUGGUCAGUGAAACUAAACAUGUUUCAGACAAGGAAGAGGGGGAAGCAAGUUCAGAAUCUGAAAGUGAAGCACCUGCAGGGCUGUGCAACAAGCCAAACCAAGUCUCCAGGGUAUCAGAAGAAUUUAAAAGCAUUGAGGAACAUUCUGAUGACUAUACAAAGGCGGAAAAGCACAAGAGCAAGAAGGCUAAGCGGAAGCACAAGCACAAGAGGAGAAACUCUGACAGGCCUGGCUCUCAUCGAUUAAAGACCAAAACCAAAAAGUCCAAGAAGAAGCACCAAAAGCCAAAGGAGACAUUUCACUGGCAGCCUCCUCUAGAGUUUGGUGAGGAAGGGGAGGAGGACGAUUCACUUGCUCAGGUGAAGCAUAGAGACCUUAGACAGGAAGGUACUGACAAUGAAGAGCCCACAAGAUCAGUAAAGGUUAUGCAGAUGAAAUCUCAAGAUUUUAAAAACAAGGAUCAUGAGAAGGUGACAGAGGAUUCAUCUAAAGAACAUUGUUUAGCUGUGGAAGCCCCUUAUUCUAUGAACAUGCCUAAAAGCAGGCAACUGAGGCUAAACAUUCAGGUAGUGAAGAAAACAGCACAAGAUCCGCAGAUCAAUUUAAGUCAGUCAAAUGCUAAAGCACAGCAUGCCCAAAACCAACUGAAAGAUAAUGAUGACACAGAGGCUUGUACCCCAGAGACCAACACAGAGCCACCAGGACCUGAUUUGAAAACUUUUGCUAAGGAUGGCAAUCCACCUCAAACAGAUCAAAAAGCCUUAGUUACAAUACCGCCUGUUGUAACUCAUUCCAACCAACCAGGAGAAACGCAGUCUGGAAAUGUUGCUGUACCAGUUGAUACAAAAUGGAAGCCUUUAAAAGGCAUGACUCCAGUACAGACAGUCAGUGCAGGUUCAUUAGAUAUGAAAGUCAACAAGGCACAGCAAGCUGAGAGCAAGACCCAAGGUCUCAAGAUUGAGAUCAAGAGCAAAAGCAGAGUCCGGCCAGGGUCCCUUUUUGACGAAGUGCGGAAAACUGCUCGGUUAAACCAGCGGCCCAGAAAUCAGGACAGUUCCAGUGAAGAGGACCCUCCUCCUGCAACAGGAGAGCAACCUGUAUCACACAAACACUCUCGGAGCAAGUCCCGUUCCGUGUCCAGUCCCAGGUCUCGACAUAGACGCAGGUCUCAUUCGUACACCUCCAGAAGUAGGUCCAGAAGCUCCAGCUAUUCUUCCAGGAGCUACAGUAGAAGUAGAAGCAGAAGGAGAUACAGUAGAGAUCGUUCUCGGAGUAGUAGCUACCAUAGCUAUCGCAGUCAUACAUACAGUAGAAGUCGUUCCAGAAGUUGGUCCAGGAGUCACAGAAGGUCACGAUCCUACACUUACGACAGCUAUUCCAGCCGCAGUCGCAGUCGUAGUAGAAGGCGGAGACACAGGUCCAGGUCAUCUCACUCCUAUAGUCGCAGUUCUUCAAGGCGUGGAAGUCGAAGCAGUCGAUAUAGCUGAGAAGAGUUUUGGGAAAUAUAAUUUCAGAUGAAUCUUGUUUCUGUUCAGCAGUUGAAGCUAUACCAGAGCCAUAUAUGGCUUUUGCAAUUAUGAAACCAGGUAUUUUGAUUCUUUAUGACUUGUAAAUAUUUACAGUGUGAGUACAUCAUUAUAUACUGUUUAAUUCUAACAACUUAUGCUUUUUAACAAAAUAUUUUUUAUUUUUCAAACAACAUAGGACAUAUAUGAAUAUAUAAAGUAUUUUAUUCAGGCCUUCUGCUUUGAGUUCUUUGUGACUUGCAUUAUACUAAAAAUCAAAUUUAGGAUGGAUGGAUCCUUUACACUAAAUUCUUCCAUCAGAAAACCACUGAAAUAUUACUAUUCAGAGAGAAUUUUGUUUUAGAGCAAUGAGAAGCGACAUGUGCUUGAAAUAUUUGGGCUCCAUUGUCUAUUUUCUUUUCUUGAAUGUGAAAUCUACCAUCUUUACCAUCUUGUUGCAAGGGAGAAUAAAUAAUAAAUAAAUGAAUGAAUAAAUAA